AAUCGCUGUUGCUCUCAGUUUCAUUAAGCGCCGUACAGUACCAAGCUUUCAUCCAUGAUGGACGCUCAGUCAAAUAACCAUCCGUACACGAUUGUGCGUAUCAAGCGCAAACGCACGGAUGAACCGCUCGACGCACUUGUCGUCGAGUCCCGGGUUCGCAAAAAGAAGUCAAAAGGUGGUCGCGAUGUUUUUCAGUUUGUUCAAACCGUUGAGAAGACCGUCUGGGAGGAUAAGCAACUGCAGGAGACGCUACAGAACCAAAUAUCAAGAUUGUCGCAAAGCCACGAUGAACAUAACAUCCAGCCCUCUGCACCUGCGGAUGUCACGAACCUGUCUGGGGCCCAACGCCAUCGGCAAUCAGCUGAUGAAGGAAGACGCUACACAAUCGUUCCUACACGCGAAUCUACUGAAAAUACCAAGUUUGCUACCAGUCCUCCAAAGGUCAUACCUGCGAAAGAUGUUCAAUCGCAAAGUGACUUCAGGAUGUACGAUGCCGUUCCAGCUGAUACGAAGCCUAUCUUUGACUCCGACAUGGAAAAUUUCUUACCCAUGCUACAAAAUUACUUGCGCAUGAAUGAUGAGCCCUCGCAAGUUCUCUCAGCUGCUCCCCCAGUGGAGGACUAUGUUUGGGACGUGUUCUACAGGCGCCCUUGCACUCUCAGUGAAUGGAAUUCAGUUGCUAAUAUCGGAACGCUUGAAGGCCUUCCUCCCUCACUAGAUGAUCCUUACUCUAGUGACUCGGAUUCCGAGGAGGAAGAUAAUGCUGACGAAGACUCAAAUGCCGAGGAAUAUUACAAGAAUGACUAUCCAGAUGAGGAUGAUUCGGAUGACAGUGAGGGAAGUGAUAUUUUUCAUGAAAGCUCUGAAGCGGAAGACGAUCUUCAGUACGACAAUAGAGACGAAGACAACUAUUGGAGGUAAGG